UGUCGUGACAAUAGUGUCGAUGUUGGUGUUGGUGUUGGUGGUAGUGAUAGUGGUGAUGGUGACAGUGUGGCUUUAAAUUUCAACCGCGUGCUCGUACGUGAGCCAUUAUACGGGGCUACGGGCAUUCUCGCUAAACGACAGGGUAUGUGACCACGCUCACUGAUACAUCGAUACGAAUUUUUAACCCCCCGUCAAAAAAGGGAUUAUGUAUUUGCUCGUUCGUUCAACUGGUCGAUAUAAUACUAUAUCGCGUGCGUCUACGUAUGCGUGUACUGUGUCUCCACGAGAGGAUUCUCGAGUGCGUGUCACACUCAUUGUUAGAAACGAUAGUGAACGAAGCUUCGAUCGAACCGGCACAAAAACGAACGAGAUAUGUAUGUAUGUAUGUAGUCGUCGUCGUCGUCGUCGUCGUCUCGAGUCCGCGUCUCUCAUCGCAUCGGCUCGGUGCACCUCGAACCGCGUUUCGAUACGACGCGACGCGACGCGACGCGACGGCUCGAAUGAAUGGGUCAAAGAAUCGUCACGAUUCACCACGACGACAGAGAGAAACGGUCAAGUCUCAACCAUUUCUCCAGACGUUUGAAGAAAGUUUCAGCACGGUUCCGGUAGUAAAAAAGUCGGUUUGAAGGAUGCUUCUACGUGACGAAACGAGCGAGUUCACCGAAGCAGGAAACGAGAAGCGUACGUACACGAUGCCAGGCAGCAUCUCGGCAAAGGAUAAAACUGAACCAGCAGCGAGUGGAACGUCGUCGUCGACGCCGCCGUCGUCGUCGUCGUCGUCGUCGUCGUCUUCGUUCUUGUCCUCGUGGUCAUUGAUAUCUAACCGACGUCACUCCCGUUCGAUUUUAUACUUUUAUACGAAACAAAUUGCGCUCAUCAUUUCCGCAUUGUUCCGGUCCGGAUGUGUCCUCUGAUUCGUGGCCGAAAAUAGAAGCGGCCGAAAGUGGUGAACGUUGACUGUGCAUUAGAUUCCUCUUUUCGUAUAACUAGCCAGAGAGUGGAAGCUGUGCGUGAUCCACGACAAGGUGAAAUGGAUCGGAAAAGUACGUCUAACUCGGCUGUAAAUAGAGCUUUGUAAUUCCCGUCACGCUGCCUCGAUAUCCCCUUAACAGGUCCAGCCGUUUCUUAAUUUAUCCUCUCUCUCUCUCUACUACUGAUCGAACUAAACUGGAACGUCGAGAAGAGGAGGCAGAAGGCUAAAAUCGAAGAAGAAGAAGACUCGUAAUGUUUCUCAACGACAUGAAGCUGCUAAUGUUCUUAGCGGUAACGGCCUGCCUGUUGGGUUACUGCCAAACGGAUGAAAAAGUGUCGUUUUACGGGGCGAGCUAUAUUCAUCUUCCAGUUCAAGAGGCCAAGGGUGCGACUGACAUCAGCUUCCGGUUCCGAACUCAUCUCGCGGACGCGAUGCUGCUAUUGGCCGCUGGCAAGACGGAUUACUGCUUGAUCAAACUCGAAGCCGGCAGAUUGAAGGUGCACAUUAAUUUAGGCGCAGGUGAGAGCGAGAUGGCCAGUGCACGUGGAUUAACGUUAAACGACCUAAGUUGGCACGAAGUAAACAUGACUAGAAGAGAGGCCAACAUAACUUUACAAAUCGAUGUGAUACACACGACCAGAUCCCUUCUACCGGGACGUUUCUUCGAGCUCAACAUACACUAUGGUGUCUUCAUCGGGGGACAAGGUGAUUUCAACGAGCUAUUUCUAGGUCACACGGACUACUUAAGAGGCUGCAUGGCCGACAUAAUGUACAACGGAGCUCGGGUAAUAGAAUACGCCAAGUCAAGAAAAGGUCAGUCCGAGGCUACCGCUGUAACGUGGGGUUGUUCACUGGAAUUCGACGGUACAAGAAACACGGAAAUCAGUUUCGUCGAGGACGGCGCGUUCACGGCGAUUCCACGACCCAUUCCACGCUCGGGUUCAAAAUGGGAAUUCGAGUUGAAGAGCGGUGCAGAGAGUGGUCUACUGCUAUAUAACACCGGUCAAUCGUCGUACGCCGAUUACCUUGGGAUCGAGUUGUUCGAGGGUAAAAUACGACUUUUGAUGAACAAAGGAAACGGACCAACCGAAUUGAUACACGGCACACCGGUGGCAGACGGGAAAUGGCAUCGGGUGGUCGUUGUUUUCAAUCCAACCGUAAUAGGGAUCACCGUCGACCGAGAAGAAAAAAGCAUCACCUUACCAUCUGGUGGAAAUCGUUAUUUGGACCUAGCAGACACCUUGUACAUCGGGGGCACAGAGCUGAAUAAACGAGCCAGAGCAUUUGGUAAAGGACUAAAGUCCGGGGAUGUGAGUUACAAGGGUUGUUUGAGGAAUAUGCUGCUAGACAACAAGGAACUUGGUCUACCGGACGUGAAGAUCAGUCAGGGUAUCGUUGUCGGUUGCGUUUGGGGAUUCCCUUGCAUCAAUGCUGAUCCCUGCGUUUCUCACGCCAUUUGUUCCCAACUGGGUGUCAGCUCGUUCAAAUGCGACUGCGAUCAAGCGUCGUGCACCAAGCCGAACUAUGCUGAAGAUUACAAGAUUUCACCAAAUACGAAUUUACCCGUAAACCUAGAGAUACUUUCGUUAAACCCUCUAAUGGUCUCUGAAGGAGGACACGUGCUGGUGACGAGUGAUAAUAUUGCCAUGGUACUAGACAUCGCUAAAUACGGAGUGGAAGAGGAUGGUGUUAUCUUCACCUUGGUAACGCCGCCCACAUAUGGAACUUUGGCCCUGACUCUCUUAACGACCAGAACCGAGCAUACCUUUACUCUUGAAGACGUUCAUCGAGAUAAGAUACAAUACAUGCACGAUGGCAGCGAAACCACAGAGGACAGUAUGAUCUUUGAAGUGACGUUGGUGGCAGGAGUAGUUGGUUAUACAUUACCAGGUUACCUCCAAGGACGACUCAGAUUUCCGCUUCACGUAAACGUUACACCUGUUAACGAUCCACCUUUGCUGGAAAUAUCAACAGCGAAAGUGUUGAGGUUGGCUCAGGGUACGAGGAAAAUUUUGACGAAAGAAUUAAUCUGGGCGAUCGAUGCCGACACACCGUCGGACAUGUUGGUUUACACGGUGUUACGGACAGACGCGGACGCUGGCUACGUCGAGAGGGUGACUUAUCCGUCACGGGCCAUCGACACGUUUACCCAGGCCGAAUUAAUACAAGGAUUAAUUGCAUACGUACACCGUGGAAACGCAAAAUCGAACGCAAAGCUGGACCUACGGGUCACCGAUGGGAUAGAGAAUAGCCAAGCAGCCAGUCUAAGAGUGGCGGCUCAUCCUUUGGAAAUCAAACUGAUGCACAACACAGGAUUGGUCGUCGUUCAUCGAUCCUUCUCCUACUUGACCCCGGCGAAUCUCUCCUUCACCACGAAUUCCGACGACAACACAAUCGACAUACGUUACGAUAUCGUGUCUCAGCCUGAAUUUGGCACGAUUCAAAAGCUUAAGGACGACGUCUCGAGCAGUUGGCUGAACGUUGACCACUUCACUAGCCGGGACAUCGAGACGCAGACGAUUCGAUACCUUCACAACGAGGGCAGUCCUAACCAGGAUGAGUUCAAGUUUCAAGCUAGCGUUAGAGAAGCCAGAGCGGCGCAUACCUACGAUUUUCGUAUCACUUUUAUCGAUCUUGAACUGAAAGAAACGAAAAGGGUGACGGUUAAUUUUACCAACGUCGCCGAGGUUAGCGUGACCAGUGAAAAUCUGAGGUACCAAACGAAUCCAUUGAUAACCAGCCUGGACAAGAUCAUUUUUACCAUCUCAACGGCACCAAGAUACGGCCAUCUCUUUCUGUUGAAUCGAAAAUUAGAGAUCGCCGACACGUUCACUCAGGAAGACGUAGACUCUGGUAAAUUGUUGAGAUAUCGAUUGUUUAAAAGAGCCUAUUCGACGAUCCUCGAUGAAUUUGCUUUCAAAGUAAGCGCACCGCAGUGUAUCGAUCUUCAUUCGAGCCUAAAGUUGAGACAUUACCUUAGCAAGAACGUGAAACCGUUGGACAGCGUCGAGACGUUAAGGGUGGACGAAGGGUUCCGAGUACCCGUCCAAAUCCUGCGUACCAAUCCAAAAAAUUACGGAGUCGGUUCGUUGAUCUACAACCUGACUAUACCAGCUCGUCACGGUUGGUUGUCGGUAAUCGGUAACAACUCGAGAUCCUAUUCGAGAAACGACACCAACUACUUCACCUCCGAGGAACUAUCCUCGCAGAGGGUCUACUACCUUCACGACGACUCGGAGACUCGGGAAGACUCGUUUCAAUACGUAGCAAUUGCCUCCGACUCGGUGGAUUUCAUGUACGUCGGUCUGAUUCGAGUCGAGGUGACGAUGAAGAACGAUAACGCACCGGAACGGAUAGUGAACAAGGUGUUCCACGUAGUGUCGAGAGGCGAAAGAUUGCUCACCAGCAAGGAUCUAGCCUACGCGGACAAAGACGUCGAGACGAAAGCUAGCGAGCUGAUUUAUACGAGAAGAGACACCCAGAAGCACAAGCUGUACAGGGUGUCGAACCCUACUCUGCAGAUUCACGAGUUCAGCCAACAGGAUAUCGACGACGGUCAGAUACUGUUCAAACAUCACGGCGAGGAUAAUGGAAAGUUUGAAUUUGGAGUGACCGAUGGUUACUUUUACACAGCCGGUGUACUCGAAAUUCAAGCAAGUCCCCCUUACGUGAUGCUAAAGGAGAGCAACGGAUCGUCCGUGGUACAAUUCAAUCGGUCCGUUGCCCUACCACUCGACCAGCUUGACAUCGAAACGAACGUCUACACUUCCGACAAGGACAUUCGGUACACGCUGCUGGAGAAACCAAAGUACGGAGUGUUGUUGCAACACGGCAAGGAAACAAACACUUUCAGCCAAGAAAAUCUUCGUUACGGUAUAGUGUUGUACAAACAUAUGGGUGGUUCGUUAGUUAAAGACCAGUUUAAGUUCAAAGUGUCGAUGAAAGUAACGGGAGCGGGAACGGGAACGGGAACGGGAGCGGAAACGGAAACGGAAACGGAAGGUGUCUUUACCAUCAAGGUAUACCCGGAGAGCUACUGGCAGCCGUUGAUCGUUCAAAACAACAAGACUGUGUUCGUCGAGGAGGCCACCAGUGUUCUGUUGAGCAGGAAAAGCCUCGAAAUCAUGCAUCCUAAGAUACCCGAGUCCGAGAUCGUUUAUUUAUUAAAAGAAUGGCCACAGAACGGUUACUUGGAGCUACAAAUUCACGACGAGCACACCGAGGAACCUCGAGAGGAUUAUAUUGGAAACGCGGUCAAGUCGUUUAAUCAGGCUCACGUGAACGAAGGUCGCCUUUUUUACGUGCAAUCUGUAAUAAAUCAAACGUACGAUAAAUUCAUGGUCGACGUGACCAACGGGAUAAGCUGGUUAAAGGAGCUCAGCGUGAAUUUCGUAAUAGUACCGGACAAACUGUACGUCGAAGCGAAGAGUCUCGCUGUGAUCGAAGGAAAGAGCACGGUUAUUGACGAAUCAAACUUUUCUAUCCUUACUCCUUAUUAUUCCGGAAAGGUGACCGACUAUCGUGUCAUUGAGAAGCCGAAACACGGAACUAUUCUGGACUCGACCAAGAAUUCUCAAGUGAAAAAGUUCUCGCAGAAACAGCUGAACGCCGGUAUAAUAUUCUACAGGCAUAACGAUGACGAGUACUCGAAAGAUUCUUUCAAAAUGCUUCUCGUAGCCGGCGACAAGAUUAGCGAACCGUUCGACGUCUGGGUGAUCGUACAGCCUGUUAACGAUGAAAUACCGGUCCUGGUUAAUAACAAAAGAUUAAACGUCUGGCAAGGUGGUUCGAUCACCCUAACGUCUGAUAGUUUAGCAGCCGUUGACAAUGACACGAUCGCUGACGAUAUUACGUUCAACGUGACUGCAGUUAGAAAUGGUUUUAUCUCCUUUCAAUCAUCCCCGGAGGUGGACAUUUAUAAUUUCACCCAGCAACAGAUUGACCAAUCGAAAGUGAUGUUUACGCAUACCAAUGGAACCGAUGCUGAAUUCAGUUUCGUCUUAAACGAUCGAGUACACACGACUGACCCUUACGCGAUUCUGAUAACCACCAAGCCGGUUCGUUUAUCCAUCGAGCAAAACUCUCCACUGAACGUCUUUCCUUUGAGCAGCAAAUUGAUAUCGAGCAAAUCGUUGCUCACUAAAUGUUCGGACCAGCUGCGAGAAAUUAAAUAUACCGUACGAAAUGGACCUCAUCUUGGGAAAAUCAUCGUGGAGACGAGCGAAGGUGCGUGGUUGAACGUUGAUAGAUUCACGCAAAAGGAUGUUAACAACAGCAAAGUAUUUUAUGAGCACACUAAACAAUUCAUGGACCUAUCCGCCAACGAUUCGUUCACGUUCGACGUUGAAGCACAUUUUACGGAAUCGUUAACCAAUCAGGUAUUUCAAAUAGACAUAUCCGUAUCGAGCGGUGGACUGGACAGAUACAUCUCCGUGAAGAACGUAAGGAUCGAAGAAGGUGGUUCGGCCAAGGUCGUGAUGAACAUCACUGGAAUCGUGUCGUAUCUUAAAAGCCACGCUGGAAUUGAAAAUCCAGCCGUACUUUCGCGACUGGUCAGUCAACCCAGCCACGGUCACGUAAUGAUUCUUCCAGACCUAAACGUCACUACUUUUUCUCAGCCUCAAAUCGAGGGUGGAAAGAUUAUCUAUUAUCACGAUCACUCGGAUACCUUGGAAGAUCGCAUCGAUUUUUCUCUCUAUCUAACGCCAGGUCACAUUCUGCUCUGUAACACUAGCGUACCGGUUAUAAUCGAGCCGGUAAACGACGAACCAUUUACACUGAUCACAAAUGCAUCCUCCAUCACGGUCGUUCAGAAUCAAAAUCAAACGAUAACCAGGGAGAACUUACUGACCGAGGAUCCUGACACUCCGCCGGAAGAAAUUAUAUACGAAGUGAUAUCUGGUCCUACUUACGGUCGUCUACUACUCUUGCCAUUCAACGAAAACAUUUCCGAAGUACGUCAAGUGAAUAUAUUUACCCAACACGACGUCGACUCGAAUCGACUGGUGUUCGAGCAUAACGGACCGCUUCAAGGAGCAUCCUUUUACUUUAGAGUAUGGGACGGACGUUUCAAUCCGUUGUACAACAUCUUCAACGUGAACGUUCUACCUAUAAAACUAAACGUGACGGUGCCAGGACCGGUGAACUUACAACAGGGCUCGAACGUGGCCGUCAUUUCGGAGAGUAACGUGAAACUGGACACCAACGCCAGACAAGAUUUGCUCGUUUACGAAGUAACCACCGGUCCAAAGUACGGUGUACUGUACGCGCGAGAUGGGGCAGCAGCAGCCACAUUUAAACAGACAGACCUACUGUCGAAGAGUGUUAUGUACAUGCAAAUGGAUAUGACCGUGUCGAACGAUAGCCUCGAAUUGACCGCUAGACUGAGCGGAUUCGAACAGAAACAUAUAAGGAUCGAGAUCAAGGUGGUACCGUUGAUGAUCAUCAACUCUAUGACAGCUCUGGCGGAUGAAAAGACGCGGAUAACCCUGCAACACAUGGACGCUACACCGUUGGCCAAAUUGACCAGCAGCAAUCCCCUCUACACGAUCAUUAGGAAGCCGAAAUUUGGUAAAAUAAAAAGAAUUAUCAGAAGUUCCUCGUCCUCGGGUGAAAAACGUGCUACUAGAGAGAAAGAAGUGAUCAAGUUCUCGCAUCAAGAAGUAAUGUCUGGCGUGAUUUACAUGGUCUGCAGAAAAAUUCCAACAAUCGAGUACAGAGGUGUUCCGGAUAGUUUCACCUUCGUCUUGACAGCUUCCAUCUUUCAACCAGCCGUCGGUGAGUUUCAAUUUCGCGUGAAACUCGAUAUCGACGAAUAUAACAACAUCACGUUGGCCGGACCGAUGGAUCCUGUCGGUCACGAGGGUGAAAUGGCAAUCGCACCCAACAUGAGCAACGACUAUUUGUUAAUAUUGGGCAUGCUGCUCGGUGUAUUUUUCCUCGGGGUAGUGGUCAUAAUCACCAUUCGUUGUAGACACAACCGAUACAAACAUGCCGAACAAGAGAAAUCGGAACCAACGCCAACACCGGUUGGUAUAAUGCCCCUACCAAGACCUCCGGAUCAUCUAAUGCCAGCUACUCCGCAUUUGAAACGCUUUGCCAACGAUCACCACAAUAGCGUGGCUGCUAGCACACCGUUACCGGUACUUCCUACAAUGACAUCUACCUUGCCUCAGUGCAAAGUGAUACCCCUCAGUCCUUUGGAGAGCAUCGCGGCGGGCUCCGAGGUGGACGUUUCGGCCAAGUAUCCUUACGGUGUCGCCGAUGCCGACGAAUGGAGCAGCUUUGAUACGUCCGAUCUACCUUGUCAAUCAGCCGCAACAACACAGAGGACCAAUAACCCGUUACUCAGACGAAAUCAAUACUGGGUCUAGCAGAAGGAGGGCUGUUCGCGAUCAAUGCGAAACAGACCGUAACGUUACUUCUCAUCUUUUUAAAAAAGACUGCUUUUCUUACAUAAGUCGAGAUUAAUCGUCUAUUACUAUGGUCUUAAUGUGCCUAAAAAUAAUAACUGACUGUGCGAUGGACGCAAAUACACCGGAAGCCUCGAUUUUAUACCGAAAUAUUGACGGAAACUCUCAUUCCCGGCCUGUCUCUAUCUAUCUCUAUACGCUCGUUAACGCUUUUUAACUAUACUUUUUCUUUCAUAUUUCAUCAGUAUGUAUACACUUACCGUCACCGAUGUAAUCCAGCCUUCCUUGCCUUCCUCCUUUGCUUCUCAAACUAGCGUUCAUUCAUUAUCUAGUUAACAUUAUGAAAUAAUUUCUUGAAUCGCUACGAUGGUGGUGCGCUAUUAGCUAAAGAAUUUUACUUACCCAAAUAUCGCACGCAAUCGCAAGUCGAGCAUCAGAGUUUCCAUCACGUUUUUUUCUUCUUUCUUUCUUGUUUCUUUCUUCUUUCGUUUUUUUUUUAAUAGGAAGUGGGGAUAAUACAUUUUGUACAGCCCCAGUACCAAAUUUUUUAUGGUGUAUCAAAUGAGCACUACGAAUCUUCACGAAUCUGAAAGAAUUAGGCUUACUUAAAUGUAAAACGAUACAAUAUCAUCGAUUCUUAUAGAUCGAAUGUGCCUAAGAGAUUACCGAAUCUUGUGUAAGAAUAUUUCCCACAAGGCCUGCGCACGAUGACGAGUUUCUUCGUGUUUACUCGAUGUCGAAUCGCAUCGAACAAAUUUUCGUCGAUCAAAAUGUUCUUUCUAACGUAAGUACAUACGUCGGUGUUCGUUAUUCGGGUUGUACCUUUAAGAAACAACAAACAAACAAAAUGGAGUCAAACGAUGUGACAGCCAUAACGUCACACGAAUAUUUAAUGGGGAACACCAGGAACAUCUAAAGACGUAACCAUACCUGUACGUAAACUUUUGUAAAAAAAAAAA